AUGGCUGCCUCCUUCACGGCCUAUGCGUCGCAGUUUCUGAACAGACAACAGCGGCCCCCCUCCUCGCUGUCAACAUCCCAGCCCCUCUUCUAUUCCUUCACAACGGACGACGGUUCUCGAAUCGGAGACAUGUCGGAUGUUGCGGAAUUUGACGACGACGAUGACCCUCAUCUGGGGCGAAACAGUGAUUAUCAGCUUCGUCAUACAGACUUGCCACAUGAUGAUGAUGAUGACCCUUAUCUACGGCUCGACGACGAAGGCUCUCCGCUGGUACGCACCGCUCGAUUUGCGGCGGACGCUCUACACCCGAUUGCGUCUGAAAACACGAGGACGGAGCAGACUACCACUCCUGUACAAGGCUGGCUGUCGCACCAGGCGCCCCUUUCCUACCGUGUUUCGCCCUCUCUUCCAUCGGAUACUUCGUCUGAACCAAGCGCUCCUCCAGAGGAUUUCCUUGUUCAACCAACACAACCAGUUACUCGCAGCAAUCAAGAGAACACGCUCACGGAAUCCCUUUUACCUCGCGACGGCAUAUCUCGGCCAUUAGAUGUGUUCUUCCUGCCCGAUCCUCGACCUCAUGUUAGGCGGGGUAGAGCUGUGCAUAGGGACCAUCAUUGGACAGCAGCUUGGCUUGCAAGUGUUACUGCAUGUCUGAUUGGCUCAUUCACUAUCCUUUUCACUACCUCUGCUCCAAGGAAUCCGUCUGGCGGAAUUCUGAAUCCGUAUACGACUUUACUUCACACUGUACCACUCUUGACAAUUUUGACAUUCAUCAGCGCCCUCGUAUCUUAUGCUCAUAUCAUGCUCCUGACUGUAUUUGUGAAGCCAGUGUUGUUUGCUACAUCUGUCUUCGUACCAGCAACUUUGUUUAUUUCCGCCAUCUGGGCAUUUGUUGGUAGUUUCAUGUGGGAAGAAGGCAAGGAGCCGUCGUGGGGAGAGACAGUCGGCUUGCGACUCUUUUCCCUCGUCCCGUUUGUUCUCGCAAUUCUUACGGCGAGACGAUUACCUCGAUUACCAGAGAAGAUUCACUCAACUUCGUCCAUCCUGACUCUUUCGACAUCGCUACUCCUUUCUAACCCUUUCUUACUUGCAUUAUCACCAUUGAUGCUCUUACUCGCUCUGCUUGGUUCUAUUCCUUUCUUGACACUCUCAUUCCGGCUUCUUCUUAUCCGCGUUUACCCACAAACAUCUGGCAAUUCUUGGGAGUGGCAUGUCAAGAGUUGGGCGGAAUGGUCGAUCGCUGGAACAAUUGCUGUUUGGUUGUGGAGUUGGGGAGUAACCCGCGGAGUUCUACGGACAACUUGUGCGUCAGUUGUUGGCGCGUGGUAUUUUCUUCCCCCGGAGGCACCAAGUCCGCCGCCAUUGGACACACUUCGCAUCCACGCAGCAUUAUACAGGUCUACAGACACAUCGCUAGGCUCAAUUGCACUCUCAGCUCUUUUGCUUACAGGGGUUCGCCUGCUUAGCUUGCUGACUGGUUUGCUCAAGAGGGCGCCCAUCCCGCUUCUCCCUUUGCUUAGGCUUCCCAUAAAAUUCUUGGGAAAUGCGACGGGAGCGCUCAGUAGCUUGGCUCUAGUAUAUGUUGGUCUGACUGGAGAUGCCUUCUUCCCAAGUGCAAGACGUGCACGUGCUCUGACAGCAGCGGUUGCGAAUUCCAGUGGAAGGGUUAACUAUCGUAGAUCAGGAAUAGAUCCUACCCUAUCCAUCCUGACGAUAACACCUCUGACCCUCACCCUUCCAUUCGCUUUGUGUGCUUAUCUGUUCGUUGUACAUACUCUCAGCGCCCCUGGAUACGCACCAAUUGCGGCGUUGUUGGCUGGUGGCGUCACUGCUUUAGUAGGGAUGUUCUGCGUCAGCCUUGUUGAGGACACUGCGGAUACACUUUACCUGUGUUAUUGUAUCGACCGGGAUACGGGAGGCAUGAAUAAGCAGGAAGUUUUUAAUGCUUUUGAAUGGCGGCAGCCUGCUCGUGGUGACAUUCACCAACAGCAGCACCACGCAGCAGGACAGACAGCUCAGCCAGCUCUCGCACAGCGUUCACCUUCACCUUCACCUUCACCGAUCACAAGCGACGAAGACAUACCCUUGCAGCAGUCUGGUGGACUCUCGUCACAGCUAACUCCAGCAAUUGUUCGCUCCCCGCCUCACUCCCCUCACAGGAAACUGGAUGAAAGCCAUGAGUCCGAGGGAUCAAUGAUACUAGGUCUUGAUUUUGUUUAA